GUAUCACAAUCACUUCAUUCGUCUAAUAAGAACACAGCAGCGGCCUGACCGUAGCUAGCACAACACUAAACACCUAAAAUGGCAUUCAAAUUCGCCGUCUUCGCUGCCAUCGUGGCCGUCGCCAGCGCCGUCGCCAUCCACCCCUCUCCGUUGGGAGCUUACCAUGCUCCGCUCGGAGCCUAUCACGCUCCUCUGGGAGCCUACCACGCUCCUCUGGGAGCCUACCACGCUCCUCUGGGAGCCUACCAUGCUCCUCUGGGAGCUUACCCUGCUGUGGCCAAGGUCGCUGCCCCUCUGGCCGUUGCUAAGGUUGCUGCUCCGUACGCUGAUUACGAUGCCAACCCUCAGUACAGCUACAGCUAUGCCGUUGCCGAUGCCGUGACUGGAGACAACAAGAACCAGCAGGAGUCCCGCUCCGGAGAUGUUGUGACUGGAUCCUACUCGCUGGUCGAGCCCGAUGGCACCCGUCGUACUGUUGAGUACAACGCUGACCCCAUCAACGGAUUCAACGCCGUCGUCCACCGUGAGCCGCUGGCCGUCAAGGCUGUUGCCCCAAUUGCCAAGUACGCUGCUCCGCUGGCCUACCCCGCCAUCGCUAAGGUUGCUGCCCCGUACGCUCCCUACGGAUACCCAGCCUACGGAAAGGCCAUCCUUGGUUAAGCCCUGUACACCAUCCCUAGGACAUAAUCGCGGAACUGUUCUUAAGUC